AUGUGUUGCUCCUCAUUCCUAGGAGAUCGACCUGGAAUGCUGUGCAGCUUCAAGAUAUCCACUGCCUGGUCCUGUGCUUGGUGCCUGAAUCCCCAAGCAGACAACUGCUUCAGCACAGGACUGACACGACGAGUUCUUGUGACCAAUGUAGUGACAGGGCAUCGACAGACAUUUGGAACCAGUAGCGAUGUAUUGGCACAACAGUUUGCCACGCAGACCCCAAUGCUGUACAAUGGCUGCCGUUCAGGUGAGAUUUUUAGCAUUGAUGUGCGUCAGCGCAACCGAAAAGGCCAGAGCUGGAAAGCGGUUCGUCUUUUCCACGACUCAGCCGUUACAUCUAUUCGCCUUCUGGAGGCUGAACAUUACCUUAUGGCAGCAGAUAUGGCUGGCAAGAUAAAACUGUGGGACCUGAGAACAGUGAAGUGUGUGAAACAGUACAAAGGUCAUCACAACGAAUAUGCUAUUCUCCCUUUGCAUGUAAAUGAGGAGGAAGGACUUCUUACAGCAGUUGGUCAGGAUUGCUAUACCAGAAUUUGGAGUCUCCAAGAUGCCCAUCUGCUUAGAACCAUCCCUUCUCCCCACCCAUCCUCCAAAGAUGCCAUUCCCAGUGUGGUGUUUUCUUCCAGACUUGGGGGUAGCCGAGGAAUUCCUGGCUUGCUCAUGGCUGUUAAACAGGAUCUCUACCACUUCUCCUAUAGCUGACACAAUAUUCUUCUCAGACCUGGUCUACAAAGCUGCCAGCCUAUACCUGACGUCAAAAUUUUUGCAUUGGUCUCCAUGCUGUUGAGUCACUAGGUGCUGCUCUUGCAUCUGCUUUACCCAUGAAAUUCUGAACCUCCUUCAGCAGGUUCAGCAAAUCUUUCUGUAUGUGAUCUCAGACAUCUUGUAAAUAAAGCUGAAUGCUGGUUA